UGCAAUCUAGAAGGGCGUUCAUAAAUCAGAACUCAGUCAUAAACAACAAUGUCUUUCAAGAACCGGUCAUCGCCGAGUCCUCAACCGCAACUUCAAGAUCUCAAGCAACGCGUUUUUACUUGUCUCAACAAACUCGCCGACCGCGACACUCUCGCACUAGCUUCCGCUGAGCUCGAGUCCAUCGCUCGGAGCCUGAACGCCGAUUCCAUUUCUCCGUUCCUUAACUGCCUUCAAAACACCGACUCUUCGGCCAAGGCGCCGGUUCGGAGGCAAUGCGUGAUCCUUUUGGCUUUGAUGUCUCAUUCGCACGGUAACGUCCUAUCUCCUCACCUUUCUAAGAUGAUUUGCACCCUCGUUCGCCGCCUCCGCGACCCCGACUCUGCCGUCCGAUCCGCUUGCGUCGAGGCGACCACCGCAAUGUCGUCUCACAUCACGAAGCCUCCGUUUUCGGUUCUGUCGAAGCCUUUGAUCGAAAUGCUCGUGGUGGAGCAAGAUGUUAACUCACAGAUCGGAGCGGCGAUGUGUUUGUCGGCGGCGAUCGAGGCGGCGCCGGAUCCCGAUACAGAGCAACUUAAGAAGGUGUUGCCGAAGUUAGGGAAGUUAGUGAGGAGUGAAAGUUUCAAAGCGAAACCGGCGGUGUUUGGAGUUAUUGCAAGCGUUGUCAGCGUUGGCGGUGUCGGAAGUAAAGGUGUCUUGGAUUGGCUAGUGCCUUCCGCGGUAGAGUCUUUGAGUAGCGAAGAUUGGGGAACGAGAAAGGCGGCGGCUGAGUUGUUAGGGAAAGUGGCCAUGGCGGAGAAAGAGCUAGCAGCGGAGUAUAAAGCGGCGUGUGUUGCUGCUCUUGAGAACAAGAGGUUUGAUAAGGUUAAGAUUGUCCGAGAAACUAUGAAUCAUAGUUUGGGUUUAUGGAAGGAUGUCUCUGGAGUUUGUGAAGAGGCCUCAACUCCUCAGUCCGACUCAUCUUCAAUAGAUAAUGGUAGCGUUGGAUGCUUUCCUUCAAUUGCUAAAAGUAUCAAUGAUGAUGGUUUUAGAACCCCCCAAUCAAAGAAAGUCGUCCUCACGAGCAGCUCCCCUCCAUGUGAUGCUUCCAAUGCAUCCACUGCAAAGAAAGAGACUCAUAACAAUAGGAACGGUAAUACAUCGAUUUCCAGUAAGUUGGACCGCUCAAAAUCCUAUAAUUGGAAGGUUGGAAUACCUGAGCCGAAAUCUCUGUUUUCUGAGGCCUCCGGUGAUGACAAUAUCAAAAAGAGUGUACCCUUUGUCCAAGUCCAUGAUGAAAAAGUAAAGAAAUUUGGUGGUUUGAGAUCUGGGUCUCGGGUGCUUCCUCUUCAUGAUGAUGAGGAGAACUUGGAUGUUGGUGACAAGAAUGCUUUUCUAAAUAUUGAUGAGAAUCCCAAAGACAUGGAGGAUUUGUCUUUGAUCCGUGAACAACUUGCUCAGAUUGAAGACCAGCAAUCCAAUCUAUUAAAUCUCCUCCAGAAAUUCAUUGGUAGCUCCCAAAAUGGGAUCAAUUCCCUAGAGACACGUGUAAAUGGCCUGGAGAUGGCUCUUGAUGAAAUAUCACAUGAUUUGGCUAUUUCAAGUGGUAGGAUUCCAAUCACGGAUUCUCCAGAUAACACAUGUUGCAAGCUGCCUGGUACUGAAUUUUUGAGCCCCAAGUUCUGGAGGAAAAGCGAAGGUCGAUUUUCUACUUCGGGCCGCAGGCUUUCGCUGAAUGCAGUACGUAACACACCUGAUAAAGAUUAUGGCAGUGAAACGUAUAAUCCAUCGUUUAGAGAAAGAUAUCAGGUUCAAGGUAGGAGUGGAUGUGUUAUGAACUCAGUGGCAUAUGCUGGCAGUGACACGAGAGAGAAUUCAGGGUUCUCAAAUAGAGUAUCAAAGAACAGCAUUCACAAUGCUGAGAGGUUCCAGGUUGGCAAUGCUAGUUCUCCUGAUGGGACUUCACCAACGAACUAUAGAAGCAGAUAUUCAGCUUAAACUCCAAUUGCAGUAGCAGAGAAGCGCCCUGGACAAAUGGAGGUUGAAGAUGAAAUGAUACGAUGGAAUGAUUGAAAUCGUAGAUCAAAUAGAUGGUGAGGUGCAGCAUCUUGGGAUUGUUGGUUUUCCUUUUAAUGCCAACAGUAAAUUUAACUGCAAUACCAAUGGCUUUUAGAACAUAAGGGUGUUUCAACGGAAUCCUUGCCCCCUCAGCCACCGAUUGGUUUUGCAAUAGAGAGAAUUCAUCCUGUAAUUCACAUAUGAUUACACCUUAAAUUCUGCAGGCUAACAAAAUUGGAAAAAUAAAUAUUGCUGCUAUUGGUAAAGAUCUCAUGGAGGAUGAAAAACAAGGAGAUGUAAGGAUUGGCCUUUUUGCUGCUCUAGAUAUGGAAAAUGUGGCUGUUGAUGAAAGAUCGUCUGAGCCUGAAAAUAGUCAGACUUUAGGCUUGCUGACCGACUUUCUUUCUGUAGUGAAUGGAAGAUGUUGGUGGUUAAAAAGGACUUGUUGGU